GUGCAAGUGCAUAACUCCUAAACUCUGGCCAGUUCAUACGUUAAUAUGUUAAUAUUGUAGUAAUUGUACUCUUGAAAUUGAUCGGCAAUGAUCAACAAUAAAAUUCUCCCAAAAUUAAUCAAGAUUUUUUAUCAUCUUUUCUUCGCUCAUAAUGACGACCACUGAAGAACUUCAAACUCUCGUUCUUACCACUCUUGAUUCCAAAGGUUCAAUUGAAAAUACCAAAGAAUUUAAAGCUUCUGAUGGCAAGGAAGUGGACCAGUUAGUAUUAUUAGGUGCCUUAAAAAGUUUGGUUGACAAAGAGAUGGUUGAAUACGAUACUAUCGAGGAUGAAAUCUGGGUACUUACAGAUGAAGGGGAUGAAAUUGUGGACAAGGGUAGUCAUGAAGCUAAUGUCUUUGAAGCCAUUCCUGCUGGCGAUGAGGGAUUAUCCAUCCCAGAAUUGCAGAAACUUUUGGGAAACGCUGCUAAAAUUGGACAAGGAAAAGCUUUUAAAAAUAAGUGGAUCACUAAAAAAGGAGACAAUCUGAUUCGUGCAGUAAACUCGAUUAUAGAUCAAACGCGCAUUGAUUUAGAUAUAAUUUGCUCGACAGGAAAACAUUCUGAUCCAAAUGUUAUUGCUGAUUUGAAAAGAAGGAGAUUAUGCGAUAAACACAAAAUUAUUUCUUAUUCAGUUACGAAAGGGCCAAAAUUUUCUUUAACUAUUGAGAAGCAAGCACGUGAUAUAACCUUUGAAAUGCUUCAAAGUGGAGAAUGGAAGAAAGCAAAUUUCAAGAAAUAUAAUUUUGAUGCUCUUGGUAUACCUCCUUCAGGUGGUCAUUUACACCCGUUGAUGAAAAUCCGAGAAGAAUUGAGACAAAUCUUCUUUGAAAUGGGCUUCGAAGAAAUGCCAACUAAUAGAUUUGUAGAAUCAUCCUUUUGGAAUUUUGACGCGCUCUUCCAGCCUCAACAACAUCCUGCACGGGAUGCACAUGAUACUUUUUUCAUAAAAGAUCCCGCAGUUGGUACACAAUUUCCCACAGAUUACCUUGAACGUGUAAAAAAGGUACAUUCUGUUGGGGGGUACGGUUCCACUGGAUAUGGCUAUGACUGGAAAAUUGAAGAAGCGCAAAAAUUACUUUUGAGAACACACACUACUGCUGUAUCAUCUUUUAUGUUGUAUAAUCUUGCUCAAAAAGAAUUCAAACCGGUGAAAUAUUUUUCUAUUGAUCGUGUUUUCAGAAAUGAGACUGUUGAUGCUACACAUUUAGCUGAAUUUCACCAAGUGGAAGGUGUUAUUGCUGAUAAAGGUUUAACGCUCGGAGACUUGAUUGGGUUUAUGGAAACUUUUUAUGAAAAGAUGGGAAUUAAGAAUCUCCGUUUCAAACCUGCUUACAAUCCGUACACCGAACCAAGUAUGGAAAUUUUUUCAUAUCAUGAAGGCUUGGGUAAAUGGGUAGAAAUCGGGAAUUCGGGUAUGUUUCGCCCCGAAAUGCUGGAACCUAUGGGCCUUGAUCCAGAAAUACGCGUUAUUGCUUGGGGAUUAGGUUUAGAACGACCUGCUAUGAUUAAAUACGGAUUAGAAAAUAUCCGAGAGUUACUUGGUCAUAAAGUAAAUUUGACCAUGAUUGAAAAUAAUCCUAUUUGCGCUUUUGAUUUAAUUUAAUAAAAUAAUUUAUCAAAUUAAUUUUGUUCAGAUCUUCAAUUAAAUUUCUGUUAGCAUUUGAUGCAAAAUCAUUUUUAGUUGGAAUGUUAAUAGUUUCGAUAAACGUAUCCAUUCGUUAAUAAUGGUGAACAUUAACUACAUUAAGUAUAUAUUUUCCUAGAUUUUUUUUACAUUUUAUUUCAAUGAAAACUGCUCUUAUUUUGCAGUCAACUCUCUAUAAGUGCACUCUCUCUAAGUGCGCGUAUUAUAUAUUUUUUCUCUAAA